UGCUUUGCGAUUUGGUUCAGUUGUUGGGUUGCGUUUAGUGUAUGUUUUCUUUACGUGUGCGCGUGUGUGUGUGUUCAUGUGUUUGUACGUGUUGGCAGCUGGGAAAAGGUUGCAUGUUCGUCCAAGGAUCACCGGUGGCUGGUAUUGAUCAGCUGUACCUGGGCAAUAGUUUUGCAUCGUGUUUGUUUGUGCGCCGUUAAACGGAUAAAGUAAGCAUCACUAGAUCAAAACGAGAAUCAGUGAAAAAAGCACCCUGUAGUCCCGCACCCGUGCGUGCAGAGUGACAAGUAAAAAGGCUCGAAAGAAACCGAAACGUGUGUAGGAAGGAAAAGAAGUUGAAUAGAAUAAACCCUUCUUCCCGAGCAAAGCGAGGAAAAUGUCGCUGGACAACCGGAACACGUCGGCCCAGUUCAAACGGGCCGAGCAGCUGAAGCGCUGGGAGGAGUCGGAGAUGAACAAGAAGCUGAGCGGCAGCCCGAAAAGCCCGUCGACGCGCCGCAUCAAGUUCUCGUCCGGAUGCAUCUUCCUGGCGGCGUGCGUCGCCGGCGACAAGGAGGAAGUCGAGUGGCUGCUAAAGAACGGUGCCGACAUCGACACGGCCAACGUCGAUGGACUGACGGCAUUGCAUCAAGCUUGUAUAGAUGAUAAUCUUGACAUGGUGGAGUUUCUGGUACAGAAAGGUGCCGACGUGAACAGAAAGGACAAUGAAGGCUGGACACCGCUGCACGCGACAGCAUCGUGCGGGUUCCUCAGCAUAGCGCGUUACCUGAUAGAGAAUGGCGCUGACCUGGCGGCGAUCAACAGUGAUAGCGAGCUGGCGGUGGAUCUGGCCAGCUCGGACGCAAUGGAGGACCUCAUACAGCACCAUCUCGACGAGCAGGGCAUCGACUGCGAGGAGGCGCGCGGUGCGGAGGAACGCAUCAUGCUGAGCGACGCCAAGAAGUGGCUCCGCACCGACAGCACCGAAUGUGAUAAGGCGCAUCCGAAGACGGGUGCUACCGCGAUCCACGUCGCGGCCGGCAAGGGUUACAUCGGCGUGCUGAAGCUGCUACUCGAGGGCCGGGGUGACAUCGAUCGGCAAGACGUGGACGGUUGGACGCCGCUGCAUGCGGCCGCGUACUGGGGCCAGAAGGAAGCCACACAGCUGCUGCUCAACGCAAGCGCCGACAUUGACAUCCAGAACUACAGCGGCCAGCAGGCGAUUGACAUUGCCCAGGACGAUAUCGUGCCUUUGCUGAAGGACGCCCGCAAGAACGUGAAGCGGACGAAGCGCAGACCUCCUAGUCACGGAAAUAGGAUUACGGAUAACUUUGAAAACAAUACGGAAACACCGACCAAGGUGAUUCGGGUCGAGGUGAAACCAAUCGACAACAACAAGGAAAAGGAAGCCAAAUUCGCCGUCGUCGCCGGUCACGACGACGAAGACGGCGAUGAGGAACAAGUGGCAUCCACGAGGAAAGGAUCGGAGCAUUCGCAAGCAGAAGAAGAAGAAGAAGAGGAAGAUGUUGAGGAGGAAGAGGAGGAGGAGGAGGAACAGGAUGUAGAAGUGGAGCAAGAGGACGAGGAAGAGGAGGAGGAAGAAGAAGAGGAGGAGGAGGAGGAUCAGGUGGACGUACAGGAAGAAGUCCUGGAACCGAAGGUAGUCCAUCAACAACAGCGUUCUGCACCGGAUGUUACGGAUUCCGUGCCGCUUCUGCCUGCGCAAAGACGACUGUUUGCCCAGCAACAAACGUUGGUGGCCGCGCACGACGGGGACGCAGGAAAAGAGGAAGAAGACGAAGAGUCGGAAGAGGUGGACGAUAAUGUUAGCGUCUCGUCGGAACCAUAUUCCUCCUCCAAUCCGUCAGCUGAUAGUAGCGUAACCGAGUCCGAAACAGACGAACUUCUGCCGCGGCCAGUGCCGAUUAUUUCGCGCCCAUCGCCGUUACCACUGACGGCACAAAUUGUGGUCCCGAAGCCACGCGUUGAAGAAAACAUCCUCACUCCGAAAGCGACCACUACUACUGCCGCUGGCAAUCCUCCUCCACCGACGGCACCGUGGCGCCGGCAGCGUGCCAUCCCGACACCUGUUCCGCGCCAGUUUUUCGAGAACGAUGAAGACGAACCGAGCAAAUCAGCGUCAGCAGCAGCAGGACUACCUUCCACUCGAUCGACCGAUGCCGUUGACUACGCUAACCUCUAUUUCACACGCACCCGUAACCAAGUUUCGGAAAAAGAAAACCAGCCAACCGAACCGGAUGUGAUAUUGCGGAGGACCCAGAGCUUCGAAAACGAUGAAAAGUUCUACCAGAAGUACGUUGAGCUGCGGGCACGAAUACAGGCUAACUCAUGUCCUCACACGAUCCUUCCAUCGACGCCCAUUAACACUAAAACCAGUACCGCCUCGAACAACAACAACAACAGCAACAACAAUAACAACAACACAAGUACAACGAUAACUACAACGACUACUACUACGUCGACCACUACGGCGACGCCAGCAUCGAACAUUUCGUCGUACCUUGUGCAGCGGUCGGCUUCACUGAAGGAUCAUCGAACGUUAAGGAAAACAACCAGCAACUUGGUGUUGGGUAGUACCACUAACUCCCCCGCCGCAACAACACCGACCGGACCUACAACGACGCAACUGGCCCCAACGGCUGGUACGGGAAGUUCCGCCACGGUCUCACCACCGACCAGCCCCUCCGGAACACCGACAACGACUCCCACUUCCGGGCAGAUCAGAAGAUCAUUUGUACCACCGACGAGAGACGAAGAAAGUGAAACCCAACGAAAGGCUCACGCAAAGCGGGUGCGCGAGACGCGUCGCUCGACCCAGGGAGUGACACUCGACGAGAUCAAGAGCGCCGAACAGUUGGUCAAGAAGAAGAACAAUGCUACCGGAGGCAACGAGAGCGACCCGUCGACGACAUCUGCGAGCGUGGCCACAGCAACGAACACAUCAUCAUCCUCCUCAUCAUCAGCAUCACUAUCAUCUUCAUUAUCAUCCACCACUGCACAGCCGGCAAUCCUUCACACCACGUCAACGACGUCCGCCGUCAACGAUCGUGUCCCUUCGAUGGGGCAGACUGAGGGUAGCAAUGAUCAGCAGCAGCAGUCGCAGCGGGAGUCAGACAAUAAUGUUCCUUCGCCACACGGCGGUGCUAACAAUGGUACCGAAAAAGAUGCAACUCGCGACGAUAGGGCAUCGGAUGAGGUGGUGGUAUCGGCCAGUUUCACGAUAGCGGCACCGGGCUCAUCGUCAUCCGCUGCAAGCACUAUCAUCGACAGCGAGCGGGAAAGUGGAGGAGGCGACGAUGGCGGUGGUGGAAGACGACGGCGUCGAAGUGUACCCGAAGCGCAGGAAGAGGAGGACGAUAGCAAAGUGACAGUCUCCUACACUAUCAGUGCGCCGGUAAGGCAUGCAUCACCCAACUCCAGGACAACAACUGGCGCUUCGAAGGAGGAGGACGCACGAUCGUCGGAUGUUGCGGCCGUAUCGGCAACGUUUCACGUACCGCAGCCAUCGAUUGCCGGAGGUACACGGAUCAGAUCGAUGUCUUCGACAGAAGCACCGCCGGCGACGCUUUCGUCUGCGGCCCAAGAACGACCGGCAAGCGUCAGUGGUAGCAUAUCCGCCACGGCAACCAUACGCACGCCAACCACAGCAGCAGGGGGUGUCGUGAGUAGUAGCGAUAGUAAUAUCAACACCAUCGGUGCGCCCUCUAGUACCAACAACACCAACACCAACACCACACCCGCGACGAGCAGCGGUGGCAGUGGCCAUCACAACACAACAACAACAACCUCCUCCUCAUCCUCCUCGUACACUAAACGUUCACUGUUCGAUAUCGAUAACGCCAACUCACUAACCCUGGCCGAAAAGCUACGCCAUGAGGCCAAUAAGUACGCCAUCACGGCGUCGGCCGACGGCGAGCUGGACAGCAGCAGUGGCCAUGUGGUGUCGUCCGCCACCACCCGUGUGCCAAAUAGCCACCACUUAAAUGCUCCUACUAACUCGGGUGGCGUUACCGGCGACGGUGGUGUCGGCGGGGAAGCAGCCAGAGAGACCGCCAGUGCACCUGCAGACAAUAGUGCCACGAGUGCGGCUGCUGCUACCACCGUGCCGCCGUCACCGACGUUGCGGAAGGCCGAUCCCACGGCAACAGCCACGGGUACCACCGCAGCCGAACGGAGACCCUCGUGGCGGUUGAAAGUGGACGGUGGCAGUAAGUUCAAACUGGAAGAUGCGUCCACACCGAAUGCCGCCACUCAAUCAUUUUCGCUGGCUGGCGGGUCAUCGUACGAAUCCUCCUCGACCGCCAACCUAGCGCCAGAGCACGGUUCUACUACUAACACUACUACUAAGCUCACCGCGUCAUCGGCACUGGCACAACGAAGGCAGCAGAAUGGUGAGAGCGACGUCACCGUCGCCACCACCGGAUCCCGACCGAUGUCAGGAUCGGGCCUGGCUGCGGGUGAGCAGUACAACCGGGUUCCUGGCAGCACCACGUCCGCUUCCGUGGCUUCGGCAGCCGUAGAGGUAGCGACCGGUACCGGGGACUCUAGUCUACUCAAUCUGCGAAGGCCGCCCAAGUCAUCCAUCGGUGGUGGCAGUUCCUCCGGGUUUGGCGAGGAGAAUAAAGAGAAUGAUAAGGAGAAUGACAGCCGCACGGCGCAGGCUACGCAGGCCGUCAUCCAGCGACGCCGGCGACAAAAACGUCGCUCGACCGGUGUGGUACCUGUCGGCAUGGAGGAUCUGGAUCCCGAUAGACAAGAUUCUCCGGUCGAUGGUGAAGAAAAAGAGCGCGAAACUGGCUCAGAACGGGGACGAUCGCGCGUCGGUUCGACCGCAUCGGAGUUGGAUACCGCCAGCAACCAGCAGCAGGACUCGUCGCGGGAAAAUGGGGGCGAUUUCAUCGACUACAAAGCUCUCUACGAACAGGAAAAGGCCGACAAUGAAAAGCUUAAGAUCGCUCUAAGAAAGAAGGACGAGGAGGUGGUAACGCUUAAGGCAGCCCUCGAUCGAUUUACUACAGCGACCACCAAAAACAACUCACUGUCCGAGCUGGAGAAACGCGAACGACGCGCCAUGGAGCGGAAGAUGUCCGAGAUGGAGGAGGAGCUAAAGCUUCUGGAGGCCCUCGAAACGGAAAACCAGCGCCUUAAGGAUGAGAACGGUGCCCUCAUCCGAGUCAUCAGUAAACUCAGCCGAUAAUACACAAACCCCGGGAGCGACCAACGGAAAAGACCCAUUCCCGAUGAGUGUGUGAGUGUGUGUCGGACCCAUUUGUUUCGAAACGAGCCGCCACUCCACAGGAUGUAAGGCGCGCUGGGAUGGAUCACGCACGGUUUAUGGACCAUGCACCCGGAUAAUGAUAACGAUGGCCAUUCGGAUGUCGAAAUGCUGAUCUCCUCUUCUUCCUAUCGACAGACCAACGGGGCGAAGCAAGCAAACAAGAGAAAGAGAAACGAUAAGAAAGGGAAAUGCAUUACACACAUGCACGGCUGUUGACUAGUGUUUAGCGAAACAUGUGAAACAUCCUUCGAUUUGCGAUGCGGCAUUCGAUUUGAUGAAGGGAAUCACGGAACAGGGAGAAAGCAACAGAAGCGGCUGGAAAGAAGGCACCCUCCUACCGUUCCCCGUUCCCCUCCCCAUGCGCAGGCAGCCACGAUUCGGUGUAAUAUUCUGCCGUAGGGUUUAAAGUUUAGUUUAGUUCGCAGUU